AUGGCGCAGCCCGGCGAGGCCCGCGGACGGAGAGGGACCUGGCCAGCCCUGACUGCACCGGUAGAGGCCAGCCUGCGCCCUCCUGCAGUGCCAGCGCUAACCGCCAGAGCCGGGCCAGCGCUAACAGCCAGAGCCGGGCCAGUGCACACUACCAGCCAGAGCCGGGCCAGGGCUAACAGCCAGAGCCAGGCCAGCGCUAACAGCCAGAGCCGGGCCAGCGGUAACCGCCAGAGCCGGGCCAGUGCUAACAGCCAGAGCCGGGCCAGUGCUAACAACCAGAGCCAGGCCAGCGGUAACAGCCAAAGCCGGGCCAGCGCUAACAGCCAAAGCCGGGCCAGCGGUAACAACCAGAGCCGGGCCAGCGCUAACAGCCAGAGCCGGGCCAGCGCUAACCGCCAGAGCCGGGCCAGCGCUAACAGCCAGAGCCGGGCCAGCGCUAACAGCCAGAGCCGGGCCAGCGGUAACAGCCAGAGCCGGGCCAGCGCUAACAGCCAGAGCCGGGCCAGUGCUAACAGCCAGAGCCGGGCCAGCGGUAACAGCCAAAGCCGGGCCAGCGCUAACAGCCAAAGCCGGGCCAGCGCUAACAGCCAGAGCCGGGCCAGUGGUAACAACCAGAGCCGGGCCAGCGCUAACAGCCAGAGCCAGGCCAGCGCUAACCGCCAGAGCCAGGCCAGCGCUAACAGCCAUAACCGGGCCAGCGCUAACCGCCAGAGCCGGGCCAGCGCUAACAGCCAGAGCCGGGCCAGGGCUAACAGCCAGAGCCGGGCCAGUGCUAACAACCAGAGCCGGGCCAGGGCUAACAGCCAGAGCCGGGCCAGCGCUAACCGCCAGAGCCGGGCCAGCGCUAACAGCCAGAGCCGGGCCAGGGCUAACAGCCAGAGCCGGGCCAGCGCUAACAGCCAGAGCCGGGCCAGCGCUAACAACCAGAGCCGGGCCAGGGCUAACAGCCAGAGCCGGGCCAGCGCUAACAGCCAGAGCCGGGCCAGUGCUAACAACCAGAGCCAGGCCAGCGGUAACAGCCAAAGCCGGGCCAGCGCUAACAGCCAAAGCCGGGCCAGCGCUAACAGCCAGAGCCGGGCCAGUGGUAACAACCAGAGCCGGGCCAGCGCUAACAGCCAGAGCCAGGCCAGCGCUAACCGCCAGAGCCGGGCCAGCGCUAACAGCCAGAGCCGGGCCAGUGUUAACAGCCAGAGCCGGGCCAGUGCUAACAACCAGAGCCGGGGCCAGCGCUAA